UAAAAAAUCGUUAAGUUUCGUUAAAUUUUGGUGAUCAAAAAAACCAAAAACGCACGGCGUGUGCAGCCGAAAAUUGAAAGUCCUCUCGUGAAUGAAGAUAUCCGAGGUGUUCCACGUUAGUGAAUAUUCCAGUAAGUUCAUAACUAGAAUUUAUAAAGAAAGCCGAUAAAACCAUGGAUAUUGUGGCGCCACUGAAAACGUUCCUGGGAACCAAGGAAAUCGACAGCACGAAUACGGUUUGGCGGCUGCACAACCGUGCAACGGUUUAUCUGUUGGCCUUUUUCACCAUCCUUCUUUCGGCCCGGGUAUAUUUCGGUGAACCGAUCGACUGCAUCUCAACUGCCCCACCGGAUGUGAAAAAAAGUAUGAACACCUACUGCUGGAUUCUGGGGACGUUCAUUAGUCGGGAUCCUAAGUUUGUACAUGCUAGCUGGGAUUACAUAGAGAUUGGAGAAAAGAUGGGCCAUAUUCCGAUGGAAGAACGAUUGUACCAGAAAUAUUACCAGUGGGUUCCUUUUGUGCUGGCGAUACAAGCGUUUCUGUUCUCGGUUCCAAAAUAUCUUUGGAAGUUUUACGAAGGCAAACGGAUGCAAACUUUGUGCGAGGAUUUAACAUCGGUUCUAUAUCCUACGUCAUGGAACGUCAAGCGCAAGUACAAUACGCUGUGUUACCUCACACAGGAAUCCGGCAAGUCUCAUACCGGUUAUGCGCUCGUGUUUCUGGGCUGUGAAAUGUUUAACUUUGUCGUCGUACUGGUUAACAUGAUGCUGAUGAAUUUCAUAUUCGGCGGUUUCUGGAACAGUUAUCAACCGGCGAUGCGUGCGUUACUAUCACUGGAGAUGAACUCCUGGACAUCAUACAAUUCAUUAGUCUUUCCAAAACUAGCAAAAUGCGAUUUCCAUAUGAUUGGACCAAGCGGAUCAAAGCAAAAUUUCGAUGCGCUCUGUUUGUUGCCGCAAAAUAUUGUAAAUGAAAAAAUUUUUGCUUUCCUCUGGUUGUGGUUCAUAAUUUUGGCUGUCGUUUCCGGGGGAAAUUUCGGAUUCCGUUUGACUCAGGUUUGCUGCGAAAGCGUCCGUUUUCAGCUACUCUACUCUCAACUGGAACCGAUCAGCUAUCAACGAUUGAAGAGAGUUGUUCGCGAUGCUAGCUUCGGCUAUUGGUUCAUACUCUAUCAGAUGUCUCGAAAUGUUAACAAAUCAAUAAUGAGACAGAUCAUCAAAGAACUCUCCAAGUGUAACCGAUCUGUACAAAGUCAACAGAAUUUGGAGCGUUAUCUUUCGCAGCAAAAUAUUGAACAACAGCAGCAGCAAGAGGACGUGGCAAUUGAUAUUCUGGACAAGGAAAACGAUGAGUUAGAAGACGACGAAGUCACAGUAUAAUGGGAAUGAAAGAAUUGGACAAUUCAUUAUCGAUUUCAUUUUGGUUGAAUUUGUUAUAAAAUAGGUGAAGGGGAUUAUUUUUCUUUUUUGUUACAAUCAAUUGUCAAUACAGUAGAUUUCUGUAUUCUGGAAAACUACGGGUGUGAUUUUGCAAAAACCGUUCUACAAUUAUUUGUAGGUGACUGACUGUAGAAACGGAGAAUGCUGCCAUUUAGCUGUAAAACUUGUAUAUUAUAAAAAUGAAAAAUGUUAGAGAAAAGGUUAUUUAUAUUACUCUUUUAAA